AUGUCGAACUCUCCGUUGCCGACCAAGCCGAAGGUCACCCAGGUUAGUUUUCUUAUUCCUUACCAGUCUAGCAAAAGUACCAAAUAUGUAAACUGUGUAAGCUCUAAGUAUUAAAACUUCAGUUUAUUCUGCUCUUUUCGCAUUCAUAUCUCUUUUUUUUUCAGAAGGAGCUCAAAGCUCUCAUUGCGGUUCUCGAUCGAAACGAUCCGUCCAUUGCCCACACCCAUCGCAUCAGCGAGCGUGUUUAUAACAAAGCGGUUCAGCGUGGAAUGCAAAUGCUGUCGCAGAAUGAGCGCUUCCUUCGUGCGUGGGCCGCCGCUCGCAACCCGGUACAUCACAAAUUCAGAAGUCUCGAUAUAUUUCUGGUUUUUAGCCACUCCGUCGCUCCAAGCGCCGCUCUGCUCCCCCAAUCCGUUAUCAGGCCGGCCAGCAGAAGUAG